CCAACAUACCUCUUUGACCACAAAACAAUAAAGCAAAAUACAAAACAAAAAACUCUAGCAAACCAAAAAUAAGACAACAAAUAGAAACGAACAAAGAAAAGGACUCUGUUGACACCAGUUUCAAAUCGACGAUUACAUUGUGCUGUACAUCAGAAAUAUUAAUAUAAUUUGUAGUGUGACCUUAGCGAUCUUUUUGAAGAACAUUCUUACAAUCAGCAUCGAGAAUCAAUUCUAAUCUACAACUUAACGCCCGUAACGAACCCCUAUUCGACAAACGAAAUCAUCUGUUUCUGCGAGAACUACUGAGAGACGACUUGACAACAGAAGCGCAUUUUGUCUCCUAUUUUACAUAAAAACAACAACAAAGUCAACCAUAAGAAAAUACUUCUUGUUUAGUAUUUUUCCGUUGUACUGGCGAUUCUACGUGUAUUCUAAAACAGCAACGUAUGUCCGUUUAGACAUCGAGCAAAAGAAAAAAAAACGAGUAGAAAUAUUAAAAACGUAAUAAUUUUGUAAAAAAGUGCAAAAGCAUACUGGCUGUUUUGUAGUCAGACACUGAAAAAUAUCAAAAUUAUCAGCCGAGCGUAAAGAUCACCAUCGUGCAAUUGCUUGUGUAUAGAUGAGAACGUGAGGUGCGUCGUUACUCCGAAUUAUAGACAAAAAUAAAAACGACGAGAUAAGAACGUAGAGAGCUACAUCUCCAGAUCGACGAAAUAGCGAGUAAUCGCACAUUUAGACAGUCAAGACCCGAACACCUGCUUUUUAUAGCAUAACAACAGUAAGAAUAACUAUUCAAACCCUAUCAGUUCUCAGAAGACUGUCUGGUCACAGCCAAUCCACCGCAAUCAUGAAUGCACUAAUGGGAGUUAAAGUAAUGGGAGGUGGGGUUUCUGGUUUUCAGUGGCGUGCAAUGUUACGUAUCGUUACAGCGAUGCCACAACGACAUCAGUUCUCCUCCUCUUCUCCCCUCUCAUCGACGACAUCGAAUGACGAUAAUGGUAACCACAAUGACAAUGAAAUAACACGGAAGUCUGUUGGAAAUAGCGAAACUAUUAAUGCAGCAGACAUCAAAAAAUCUGUGUUCAUUUCGCAAUCGUAUGACAUAUUUACCAAUCUUGCCUUAGAGGAUUGGCUAUACCGCCAUUUCGAUUUUAGUCGACACCAUGUCCUGCUGUUGUGGGCCAAUGAUCCUUGUGUCGUAAUAGGACGCCAUCAAAACCCAUUCACCGAGGCCAAUGUAUCCAAACUUAUGGAUAAGGGAAUAACAUUGGCUAGACGCAAUAGCGGUGGUGGGGCCGUAUAUCACGAUAGGGGUAACCUGAAUUGCACAUUUUUCACCCCGCGCGAACGUUACAAUCGAAAAUAUAACUUGAAUAUUUUGACUCGUGCUCUUUUCCGCGAAUGGGCUAUAAAGGCGGAGAUUAAUAAACGCGACGAUAUUGUCAUCAAUGACAAAAAGAUUUCUGGUACGGCAGCUAAACUGGGACAUCCCAAUGCAUAUCACCAUUGCACAUUGCUAGUGAGCGCAAACAAAUUACAUUUGGGUGAAUCGCUGGUGAAAGAAGAUGCAAAUUAUAUUAGCAAGGCGACGGCUUCAGUUCGUUCUCCCAUCAAGAAUCUCGUAGAUGUCAAUCGCACAGUUAAUGUUCCACAGCUUUUGUCCGCAGUGGGAUAUGAGUUUUUACGUACAUCUGCUACCGAACUCGAGGACGGAGGUAGUACACAAACCAUGAAACAGCGCGGAUUUCAAUUGGUAAACCCAACAGAGAAAUGGUUCCCGGGCAUUAAUGCUUUACGAGAAGAGUUUAGCUCUUGGGAUUGGGUCCUUGGCAAAACUCCAAAGUUUAGUGUCGAGAAGGAGUUGGCUCUGAAAGCCGACAACGAUAAGCAGUUAAAGAUGAAAUUAAUUGUCGAAGUGGACAAGGGAUUGAUGACUGACAUUGGGAUUUUAAUGCCUAGCGGCGAACGCGUUCCAGUUGUAUCGCAGCUCCAAAAUAAGCCUUACAACGAAAAAAAUUUGAAUGGAAUAAUAAGUGCCUUGAAAUUGGUGUCAACAGACAAUGUGAAACAAGCCAUAAAUGGUUUGUGAAAAAUAGAUUUGAAUUUUUGAUUUAAGCCAUCUUUUUACAAGUAGUUGUUAUAUCAGUGCAAUUAGUUUUUGUUAUUAUUAACAAAUAAUAUAUUCAUUAUCAAAGUAUAUUUUUUUUUCAAUAUCAUUAUGUUAUUUUUUACUAAAUAUAUGCAAUUUUCUUAUUAA